AUGGCAUAUUUGAAAAGAUACAGAAAAAAUAUUGCUGAAGUGAACAAACUUGCAAGAAGCAGUGAUAGCGAUGAUGCAGUUGAAACUCACAGGGAAGGGGGAAAUCAAAUUUUUGAAGAGUGUUACAUUGAAAGCAAUUCAUGUAGCAUGGACUGUUAUAUUGACUCAACUGAUACUGUAAAUGACAGUGGCAGUAGUAGUGAUGAAGAGUGGUUAAGUGAUGCAAUGGGAAACAUCACAUUAUCGGAAGAACUUGCGUCAUGGGCAGUGCGAAAUAGAGUUACAAGAAAUUCUGUUAAUGAACUUUUGGACAUCUUGAGAAAAAAUGGGCAUACUCUCCCAAAAGAUAGUCGCACUCUUCUCAAGACACCAAGAAACGUGAACACAGAUUCAAUCUGUGCGGGAAAAUAUGUUUACUUGGGCAUAGAAAAUGGAAUAAGACGAAUGCUUCUUAACAAUCCGAACAUCACCGUAACAGAAUAUAUCAAGCUUGCAAUAAAUAUAGAUGGAAUACCUUUAUAUAAGUCAUCAAGCACCCAAUUUUGGCCAAUUCUAGGUCAAUUUGAAUAUGCAACACCAUUUGUGAUAGCACUUUUUUGUGGCAAUAGCAAACCAACACCUGUUGAAUACUUUUGCCAUGAAUUUCUGGAAGAGCUGCAUAAACUUCGAAGUGAUACCAUGAUCGUAAAUGAUAUUGAUGUACGAGUGGCUUUGCACUUUUUCACUUGCGACGCCCCAGCAAGGCAAUUUUUAAAAGGCAUAAAAGGCCAUACAGGAUACGACGGUUGUGAACGUUGUACUGUUGCUGGAGAGUAUAUCGAAGGUCGGAUAAUCUUUAAUGACAUUGAUAAAAAUCCCCGUACUGACGCUGGUUUUCUAAAAUAUGAGUACAAAAAACACCAGCUCAAAUUAAGCCCCCUGAUACAGUAUAACAUAUGUUGUGUUACAGACUUUGUUUUAGAUUACAUGCAUUUGGUAUGUCUAGGGGUCGUUAAACGUCUACUGAAUUUCCUGAUUAAAGAUGGUCCAAGACUAUGCAAAUUAUCCAGAAAUCAAAUAACGUUAAUUUCCAGCAAGUUGGUUCAGCUAAAUGGUACACUUCCAUCUGAAUUUGUUCGUCAACCACGAUCACUGAACGAAUUCUGCAGAUGGAAGGCCACAGAAUUUAGACAAUUCUUACUAUUCACAGGGCCAAUUGUAUUAAAAGGUAUAUUGUCAAAGGAAGCCUUUACUCAUUUCCUAUCAUUAUCAAUUGCUAUCAAAAUCAUGUUGGAAUCUAAUGGUGGUAUCAGGUCUGCUUACUUGAAUUAUGCUCAUCAACUUCUGGAAUAUUUUGUGACAAAUUCACAAGAAUUUUAUGGAAAUUAUUUCUGCUCAUACAACGUGCAUAAUUUAAUUCAUCUAUCAUCUGACGUCGAGAAAUUCAACUUGCCCUUAGAUGCCAUGUCGUGCUUUCCAUUUGAAAAUUACUUGCAAAUUCUUUUUUAUGUGCUUACAGACUCAUCCAUCAUGUCACCAGAAGUCAGACCAUUGAUACAACAUCAAAACACAACACCAACACAUACACCACCAAAUAGUUUAAAGAGGAAGCAUGUCAGUCCAGUAAGACAAACACCAUCUGGAUCACAGAAUGCAGGUGGAAGUUCUGGAAACGAUCCCUUUCCUAUGUCGACAGGAAAGUUUCAGAAGAGGGUAUUGUAUCUCCUAACCGAUAUCAGGAAUUUGUUGGGAAGACAAAAUGAAAAAGCAGCAGAGCCGGACACAGCUCAACCACAGGAGCCAUUUGAACUGCUAAAGAGUGUUCAAGAGCUAAUAGAGUUUGAGGAGACAUUAAAAGACAAGUCAAACUAUGAUAGAUUGCUAUCCCAGUUAUCAAGAGUUGGUGGCUCAAAAAUUCGCGAAAAUGUGAAAAAUGUUCUGUUAAAGUGAGUCAAAGCAUAAGUACCCCUUAGAGAAUUUAAAAUGUACUAACCUUUGUUGUGUAGUUUACAGUGGUAGUGGAAAAUCACUUUGUUGUGCCCACAUGCUUCGUUUCAUCUUCUCCAUAAAAAAAUCGUGCACGAGGUCCAAGAAUUAUUUAAUUGAAUGAAUAGUUUACGGAAUGCGGCCCCGCAGCCUAAUGGACUCGCAACUAUAUAUUAAAUGCGCUUACGAUGUCGAUUGUUUUACUUUUAUUCCACUUUCAUUAUAGAAUCAUGAAUAAUGAAGUAAUGUCGGCACUCAACAUGAAAGGGAAGGGAAAAAGUGAAAAGGUUGGGUUUGCAAGGAUGAACUUAUAUAAAGCUGUUGUCGGUUAGUAAAAAAAUCCUAUUCCUAAUAUUCAAUUUAUAUAUGUGCUUGUAAGCGUUUUAGUUUGUUGUUGUUAAUUUAUUUAUUGUCGGUUAAAAUAUGUACAAAUAAAUACAAUAGCUCUUAUUAAAGUGCUAAUCCAAACCGACAAGUUUGUAUUAAGUUUUUCCCGCCAUUUCGAGGGGUCGACGUUCAGGGGGAAAAAUACACAUUAAUCUGAGGAAAUCUAUUUGUCCAGCUGUUGUACUGUAAACUACCUCCAUCAAUAUGUGAUAAGAAUUUUGUUACGUUGUAGAAACUGUUAUCAAACAUCAAAAGAAUGCGACAGAAGGAGAAGUUCGUGCGUGUACGGCAUCAAUCCUUAAAUAUGCAC